GCGACUGAACCGUGGACGACAGCAAUCAUUUGUUUUUCAGAAGAAAGAAAAGCGGGCGAACUAAGAGCAUCUGUAUUUUCACACCCCAUCCUCACUUUUACGCACAUCUACAUAAAUCCGAUAGACACAAGCACCGAUAGACUCCCUCAAAAAAAAAAGAAUACAGGAGAAGGCUUCGAACACCUCCUCCAAUAGAGCUUUGCACUUGGAGUUGAACGCACCCGUCCACACCCAUCGUCUCCCCUUGUCAUCAUGCCCAUUGGAAUUACUUCCUCUCCGGCGGUGCAAUCCAGGGGCGGUUACUCACACGGUCCGCUUAGAGAUGCAGUGUACGCGGACACAAAAUGCUUCCACGCUAAGAGCGCUGUGGUGGCUGUGGCCGCCAGCUACAACAGCACCAUCUGGCUCGCUCUGCAAGACGGCCGGGUGGAGGUGCGCGACGCACACACCGGCCAGGCGAUCCACGAGUUCGCCGCAUCGCACACUCGGCAGCAGAAAACGAAGGUGUGGUGCGUGCUCUCCGUGUUCGACGUCCUCCAUCAAGAAGCACAGAUGUGGCUGGGGCUGAGCUCUGGGGCCAUUGAGGUGUACACGGAGGCUUAUGUGCUGCGCCGCCACCUCAGCAAACACCUCUCCGGCGUCUACUGCCUCACACAGUACCGCGGUGCAGUCGUGUACGCCGGCUCCACCGACUUCACCAUCACGCAGUGGCGCGUGCACGACGGCCAGCUGCUGCGUGUGCUGACCGGACACGCCAACUACAUUCGCUGCCUCUACGCAGAGGGCAACGCCUUGGUGAGUGGAUCGGAUGACAACACGAUUCGUGUGUGGGACGUGGCGAGCGGGGGCUGCUUGCAACAGUACGGUCAUCUGCACCGCGAGAGCGGCGGGGUUUCGGCGCUAUGCCGGGUGGGGACGGCGAUGUGGUCCGGCGAUCACAGCGGCGCGAUUGCGGUGUGGCGCCUCAAAGACGGUUUGGCGCUGUUGGUGUGUCGUCAGCUGACGAGUCGCGUGACGAGUCUCCGCAAAGUCGGUUCGCGUGUCUACGCCGGCAGCGCGGAGGGGCGCAUCUGCGUGUUUAGCGCCAAUGACUGCACAGUGGUGUCGCGUCUGGACGACCACCUGGGCAGCAAUGUCUUCUCCAUCACCUGCGCGGUGGAGGUGAAUCGGUACUUUGUUUGGUCGGGGAGCGCGGACAACACCGUGCGCUGCUGGCACCACGAUGAACACCAGCCUAUGACGUCUGACCGCGAAGGCUUCUUGGACAUGCGGUGGUACUACACCACGCAGCGGCCCAACCUGCAGGCGAACGAGGAACUGCUGGAGCAGCACCGCGAGGCGUCUGAGCUCGUCGUGCUGUCCAGCGGAUCUGACGAUGCAGUGCAGUCGUUUCUGGACGGCUUCGGCGAGGGCAACGAGACUGCUGCCGCGCGUUACUGGCUGCAGGACUCGAAGCUGAAGCAGACGCAGAAGAAGUGUGACAAGGCGGAGGAGGAGACGCGCUCGAUUGAGGCGGUGGUGGGGCGCAAGACGCAGGUGCUGAGCCUCCUGCAACAGCAGCUGGCGAAGCUGACGGAGGCGCUGCAGACGGCCCGCCGUAACCAACCCGCCCUUGCCCAAUCCAUUCCCCCCGUUACCGUCGCUGGUGUGCCCAGCGUAUUGCCAGCGGUGCUGCCGCCGUCAACCGUCCCGGCAGUUCAGUCACUUGCUGGUCCCUUAGCCGCCGCCCCGCCUGUCUCUAUCCAGCAAAUACAACUGCCGCCUGGCACGACACCGCUCCCGUCGCUACCGCCAUCUGCCGUGCCCCUCCCGCCUCCAACCUCCUCUCUCAUUUCUGCGCUGACGCCGGUAUCUCUUCCUCCUGCUCCGCCGCAGGCUGCCGCAGCAGCAGCAGUGCCGCCACCACCACCACCACCAGCGGUGGUGCCCACACCACCACCCUCCACGACGACUGCCGUGCCAGUGACGGAGCGCUCCCCUUCCGUCUCGACUCGUGUGAUCACCACAGCGCAGGUGACGCGCAGUCACAGCUUUGAGCCGGUGCUCGGGGCGUUGCCACCGCCACCGCCGUCAUCAUCUGCUGCUGCGACGGGAGGUCCGAAGAAGACGCUCGGGGCGUUGCUGCGCAGGAGCAGCGGUCCCACCUCCUCCUCCUUGUCAUCAGCGUCUCCGUAUUUGUCUCCCAUAACGGCGACGCCACCGCAGCCGCCGACGGUGGUGGUGCUGUCCCUCACGGAUACCGCCAAGACAUCGCCCGAUACGCCGAUCCCAAAGCCGGCAGCGCCACGCGCGCGUCGCAUGUCGUUUUAA